AUGCCCGGAUCACUUCUCUGCCAGUUUAGCCCAACGAGAGGAAAAGUUGGUGGCGCCAAGGAGUUUGAAAGCCACCUUUCCAUGGCAAAUAACGGCGGAGUCAGAUCCCCAGACACCGCACCAUAUGAAAUUUUCAAGAAGCAUGGGCCUGGGGACCCAGCUUGA